AUGGCUGUUGCAACCCAAACGGCACAAAGCUUGCCUCAGACCUCCCUAUAUGUGGGUGACUUGCACCCGCUGGCCACGGAAGCCUUACUCUAUUCUAAAUUCUCGGAAAUUGGUACCGUAUUAAGCGCUCGCAUUUGUCGCGAUUUGGCCACCCGAAACUCUCUCGGUUACGGUUACGUAAAUUUCGAAGAACCAAAAGAUGCCGAGCGCGCCCUCGAAAAUCUCAACUAUGAGUCGUUCAUGGGGCGCCCCAUCCGUAUCAUGUGGUCCCAACGCGACCCUUCACUUCGAAAGUCCGGGAAGGGUAACAUCUUCAUCAAGAACUUGGACAAGACCAUUGAUCAGAAGCAGCUUUACGAUACUUUCAGUUUUAUCGGGAAAAUACUCUCGUGCAAGAUUGCCAUGGACGAACACGGAAAUUCGAAAGGGUAUGGGUUUGUACACUUCGAGAAAGAGGAGUGUGCUGAACGCGCCAUUGAGAAAAUCAAUGGCAUGAUGAUCAAUGAUCGAGUUGUGUACGUCGGCAAAUUCAUACCCAGUUCAGACCGUAAAUCGGCCUCAGGAAAACUCCGGUUCAACAACAUAUACGUAAAGAACUUCCCACCGGAUACUACUGAUGAGAAGUUGCGCGAUAUGUUCAGUGAAUUUGGGGAGAUUAAGAGCUGCUGCGUCGAGAAGAACCCUGAAGGAAAGUCUAAAGGCUUUGGUUUUGUUUGUUUCCAUGACCCAGAUCAUGCUGAACAGGCCGUCAGGGUUAUAAGAACCCUGAAAGUCUAA